AUGACGGACUUCAAAUCUUUAGGUCUCUCAAAAUGGCUUACGGAGUCUUUGAAGGCUAUGAAAAUUACUCAGCCAACCGCUAUCCAAAAGGCUUGUAUUCCUAAAAUUCUGGAAGGAAGAGACUGCAUUGGUGGUGCCAAGACUGGUUCUGGUAAAACUAUCGCAUUUGCUGGGCCUAUGCUGACGAAAUGGUCCGAAGAUCCAUGCGGGAUGUUUGGAGUGGUCUUGACCCCAACCAGAGAGUUGGCCAUGCAAAUUGCCGAGCAGUUUACUGCACUUGGUAGCAGUAUGAACAUUCGCGUAUCCGUUAUAGUUGGUGGUGAAAGUAUCGUUCAGCAGGCAUUGGAUUUACAAAGGAAGCCACACUUUAUUAUUGCCACGCCUGGGCGUCUGGCACAUCAUAUCAUGAGCAGUGGGGAUGAUACCAUUGGAGGGCUAAUGAGGGCUAAAUAUCUGGUUUUAGAUGAAGCUGAUAUUCUGCUAACCAGCACAUUUGCCGACCAUUUAGCGACGUGCAUAGGUGCUCUACCUCCCAAAGACAAGAGACAAACUCUGCUAUUCACUGCUACCAUAACAGACCAAGUAAAGUCGUUACAAGAUGCCCCAGUGCAAAAAGGGAAACCUCCAUUAUUCGCCUACCAAGUAGAAAGUGUGGAUAAUGUGGCUAUCCCAUCGACGUUGAAAAUAGAGUAUAUCUUGGUUCCAGAACAUGUCAAAGAGGCAUAUUUGUAUCAGUUAUUAACAUGUGAAGAAUACGAGAAUAAAACCGCCAUAAUAUUUGUAAAUAGAACGAUGACCGCGGAGAUCCUAAGAAGAACUUUGAAACAGUUGGAAGUGAGGGUAGCAUCGUUGCACUCUCAAAUGCCCCAACAGGAAAGAACAAAUUCGUUGCAUAGAUUUAGAGCUAACGCUGCAAGAAUCCUGAUCGCUACAGAUGUGGCAUCCAGAGGUUUGGACAUCCCAACUGUUGAGCUUGUAGUGAAUUACGAUAUACCUUCGGACCCAGAUGUAUUCAUCCAUAGAUCAGGUCGUACUGCCCGUGCCGGCAGAAAUGGUGACGCCAUAUCUUUUGUCACUCAGCGAGAUGUUUCUAGGAUACAAGCCAUUGAAGACCGCAUUAACAAGAAGAUGACAGAGACAAACAAGGUGCAUGACACCGCUGUAAUAAGAAAAGCCUUGACUAAGGUAACCAAGGCGAAGAGGGAAUCGCUAAUGGCAAUGCAGAAGGAAAACUUCGGUGAAAGAAAAAGGCUGCAAAAGAAGAAGCAAAAUGACAGCAAAAGUUUGCGCUCAUGA